AUGGGCGAGUUACCAGGACCUGUAACAGAAAAGGUACAGAUUUCCCCCAAACUGGAUUUGGAACAUCCUCUAACGGCUCACACUCCCGCCACCAAGUAUUACACAGCCCUGAUCAUGGGAGACCUGAGAAGCCUCGAGGUCCUGACUGACCGAUACUAUCAAGAUGUCAACCUGGUUUUUGAGAUCAGUAAAAAUGAGCUGGAGUGGCAGGCAAAAAGCCAAGCGACUUAUGGACUCUCAGGGCUGUGGUCGCUGGAGUACAAGCGGGAGCUGACCACCCCGCUGUGCCUGGCCGCUCGACUGGGUCACACCGCCUGCCUCCGCCACCUCCUCCGACGAGGGCCUGGCCCCGCUGCACCUCUGCACCACCCAAGACUCCCUGGGGUGCUGAAGUCCUGUGCGGCCGUGCCAGAGAUCAUUGAAGUCCUCUUCAAUUCCUACUCGCAAAUCCCCGUCUCCGAGAAGUGGGCCGAGGCCGUGCCGGAGGAGGUGUUUCAGGCCUCUGCUUCGCUUCCAGCUGGGGCUCUCCGCGGCCAGGGGAAGGAGGACCCCAAAGCAGAAGAGGACGCGAAAGGCAAGGAGGAAAGUUUCUCCAUGGACAGCGAUCUAGACUAUAGCUCGGACGACAACAUCCCCGGCCAGGCGGCUCACAAGGAAGAGGACUCUGGCAACGCGCUGGAGGAAAACCCCCAAAACCCCCCCAAUUCCACCAACACCACGUCCACGGGCAAAAACCGGCGGAGGCGAACGGCCUUCACCAGCGAGCAGCUGCUGGAGCUGGAAAAGGAGUUUCACUGCAAAAAGUACCUGUCCCUGACGGAGAGGUCCCAGAUCGCUCACGCCCUCAAACUCAGCGAGGUGCAGGUGAAAAUCUGGUUCCAGAACAGACGGGCUAAAUGGAAACGGGUCAAGGCAGGCAACGCCAACUCCAAGACAGGGGAGCCCUCCCGAAACCCUAAGAUCGUGGUCCCCAUCCCGGUGCACGUCAGCAGGUUUGCGAUCAGGAGUCAGCACCAGCAGCUGGAGCAAGCCCGGCCCUGA